AAAGGAGUUUGUCAUCGGUGAUAAACAAUGCCGCUUGGGAGGAAAUGGAAGCUGCAGGAAAGGAAGAAUAUUAUUUGGCCAUAUCUGGAGGUACUGUUGACGAAAAUGGCACACCCAUUAUUAAAAUAAUAACUGAUGGAACUUGGUGCAAAAGAUCGUUUGGAAUUUGGAACUAAUUACAGGGCCUUGUCUGGAAUGGUGAGUAAAUAGUAAUACACAAUUACAUUUGAAUAUGUGUGUAUGAGAAUGUGCGUGUGUUUAAGCGAACAUUUCAUUUGUUGUCAAAACUUACUUUGUACUUAUUUACAGGCUUGUAUUAUUGGAGCGCGCAGUAGAAAAGUAUUAUUUGCAAGCACUAGAAAUUCCUACUGUUGCAUAUGCGCUCGAUCUUCCACUAAGAACGAACCAUCACAUGAACAUAUUUGUUAUAAAAACUGGUUAAAAACACCAACAGCGAUGGAAGCAGAUAUAAUUGUGGAAGGUUUCAAAAACAGCAUGUCAAUGCACAAUUUGAAAUAUGGGUACAUUAUAGGAGAUGGAGACAGCAGUGUUAUGGCGCAACUCACAAAAGCCCAGCCUUAUGGACCAGAAUUCACCAUAACCAAAAUUGAAUGUUCUAAUCACAUACUCAGAAAUUACCUUCGGCGAAUAAGAGACAUAAGCACGAAAACUAAGAAUCCUGUUUGGCAAGUUCCACUGAGUGCAAGAAGAGCUAUUACUGUUGAUAGGCAACUUCGUUUGCGGUCUGCUGUGACAAGUGCUAUGAAGUACAGGGCUGGUCAAGCAGACUUAACUUUACAACAAAAGAUUAAUGAACUGAAGAAGGAUAUACAAAAUGGCCCAUUCCAUGCUUUUGGAGACCACAGCAUGUGUCAGGAACGAGGGUAUUUCUGUACAGGUCCAAAGCAAGAUGAGGAUAAUAUAGUUCCAGAUUUGAAAGUAGUUGGUAUUUGGGAUGAGAUUUUAGCAGCCAGAAAUAUUGUUGCUUCCCACGCAGCUAGCCUCAUUCACAAUGUUUCAACAAACAGGGCAGAGUCCUUCAAUUCCAUUAUUUGCAAAUAUGUAAGUGGAAAGAGAGUGAAUCAUUGUCUUCGUGGAGGAUACAAUAUAAGGUGUGAUUUGUCAGUGAUAAAUGUAAAUAGCGAUGGCAGAACACAGGGUAUAAUUCACAAGAGUUUAACAAGACACAGCCCAGGGAAAAUUUGCAAACAAAACAUUCUAAGUAAACAAAAUUCAGUUUCAAAGCGGCGUAAAAGACGCAAUCAAAAACAUAGAAUACGAAGAAGAAAACGUUUGGUAAUGAGUGGCCCAGACUGUCAUUACGGCAUUUUUUGUGUUUCUUUAUUUUAUUACAGACCAUACAAUGAGCUCAGCUUAAACAAAAGUUAUUGUUAAUUUUAUUUAUGGAUAAUGUUUUUUUACUCAUUUAUUAGUUUUAAUUUAUUUCCAAACUAUUUUGUUUUAUUAGCUUAAGCAAGCAUCUUUCAAAUAAAAUUUUUUUGUAGCUUCCAAACACUUUUAGCAUAUAUUAUUCUAAUGAUUAUCGUAAUUUAGUGAGUUUGGAUUAUUUUUAUGUCUUUCCUGGUAUGUUAGGUCUUUUGAGAUCUAGGCGACGUUUUUACACCUUGAGUAAUUGAGCUUGUGUUUCUGGUAGUGCAUGUUUCACAGUUUUCAAUGAACAGAUUCUUAAAAAUGUAAACAAAUCUGACAAUGGAAAUCGGUAAACAUAAUUUCCAUAAAAUUAUUAUGCUUUGGUGUUGUUCAUACUGUAUUUUACAGAAGGCGGUUAAAAUGAAUAUGAUUAUGUGUAUUAAAAAUUCGUUUACUAAUGUACUGUCUAGUUAUGCUGCUAUGUCAUAAUUAGCAACUGCGUAGUAUUGUCACUGAGACAAUUUUCUAUGACAUCAAUAGAAAACAAAUAUUCAUCUAGAUUUGUAGAAAAGCAAGUUACUAUUGUGAGAUCAUUAAUAGAAUUUUUAUUAUUAUAAACUCUGUACACAUGAAGUGCAUUUUUUAUAAUCGAUAAUAUAUAGAAGUGACAAAAA